CGGUCCCGCUCCAUCGCCCGGCUGCAGUGAUUCGCGGGGCGGGGCGGGCUGCAAGGCCGCCUCCGCCGGGGGAUGCUCCGGGUGCGGGGCGGAUCGGCACUUUUUCGGGCUCCUCCCGCGGCCCCGGCACCUCGGCCACGUCUGAAAGCGGCUCAUUGUCUCUCUAGGCAGCUCGGAUUCGCGGCGGUGCCGGGAGGCGGCGGGAAGGUCGCAUUUGUUACUGCUUUUCUUCGGUGAGAAUGGCAAGGAUUCGGAUUCCUAACACAGUCAUUAUACUUUUAGUUGCAGUUCAGACUGGAUUCUUAUUCUUCAUGUAUGCCCGGUACAGUAACUUAGUGCCUCACUCUGAGCAGAAACCAUCUCAAGUCCACAUCCUCAUUCUCUCUUCCUGGCGCUCAGGAUCUUCUUUUGUUGGUCAACUUUUCAGCCAGCACCCCAGCGUCUUCUACCUGAUGGAGCCUGCGUGGCACGUGUGGGUUACGAUGUACAAGAACAGUGCCAAAGUCUUACACAUGGCAGUGCGGGACCUAGUCAGGUCGGUCUUUCUGUGUGACAUGUCUGUGUUUGAUGCUUACAUACCUUGGAAAAGGAACUUAUCUGACCUCUUCCAGUGGGCAGUGAGCAGGGCUCUGUGUUCAGUUCCUGCUUGUGACUCUUUUCAACGUACUGACAUAUCCAGUGAAACAGCAUGCAAGACUCUUUGUGGACGGUACCCAUUCAGCAAAGUGGAGGAAGCCUGUAAAACUUACAGCCAUGUGGUCAUCAAGGAGGUCCGAUUCUUUGACUUGAAGGUCCUCUACCCGCUUCUCACUGAUCCAUCCCUGAAUCUCAAAAUCAUUCACUUGGUUCGUGACCCCAGGGCAGUUGUCAAGUCACGGGAACAAUCAGUCAAAGCAUUAGCCCGUGACAAUGGAAUUGUUCUGAGUACCAAUGGCACCAAAGUGGAAGACAGCAAAUACAAAGUGAUGCAAGAGAUCUGUAGAAGUCAUGUUCAGAUUUAUGAAACGGCUACGCUAAAACCACCCCACUUCCUUAAAGAUCGCUAUUUAAUGAUCCGUUUUGAGGAUCUGGUCAGAGAUCCUCUAGCAGAAAUCUCGGAAAUGUAUCAAUUUGCAGAUCUUAGUUUGACCCCCACGCUCAAAAGCUGGAUCUAUAACAUCACACAUGGAGAGGGACCGGGGCAAAAAAAAGAAGCCUUCAAAAUUACAUCUCGAGAUGCAGUUAGUGUUUCACAGGCCUGGAGAAAAGUUCUUUCCUUCGAGAAAAUCAAGAAAAUUCAGGAAGUUUGCAAAGGUGCUAUAAACAUGCUUGGCUAUCAGCUGGUGGAUUCAGAAAAAGAACAAGAAGAUAUGUCACUGGAUUUAGUGUUGCCUAGACGGCAAUUCAGUUGGUCGUCACUUAACCCAAAGGAAUGAGACGUUAUUUUAAAGCGAUCUGGUGGAGAGAGGGGUAGCUGGUUGAGUAUUUGCCUACUCUGCAGAAGCAAUUUGAAAAUCCUUGCCUGAUGAGUUUGUCUUCCUGACUGAUGAAUUGAAGGAGAGGGUUUUUUUUCCCUCUCUGAGUUUCUUACACUGCAGAAACAAAAAAGCAAUACGAGAAAUGCCAUGAGAUACUUGUCAGAUAGCAAAUUUACAGCUGAGCUGUGCUGUUCUCAGCGUUGUUGGAAAAUAUAAUGUAAGUACUUUCUAUUAAAAGAUGAAUUGCCCAAGAUGUCUUCAUUUGAUAACAGUUCACUCCUGGGUUUAUGCUUUAAAUAUUAUAAGAAUCCCAGUUCUUAAGUUUUGUGUAAAUGGAACAAAGUAGAACUAAAUUAUUUUGCUUUCUUCCAGAAUUGCUCCACUUCCUUCUUUUGCUUUAGCAUUGUUGUGCAGUUGUGUUAUUUUUCUCAGACUUCUUGAUAUUUUAAAUUUUGACAUAAAAGUUCUGCAAACUUCUGCAAAAGCAGGGGCAACUGUAGCAGUUCUGUUUUAAAAGGCACAGGCAGGAACUUGUUUUGAUUUCUUGGUGGUUUCUCUGGAGUGGCAAAGUUUGCUAUCGGAUACUUGAAUGUGAUGUUCACAUGGAGUGCAAAAAGCAAAAGAUGAAGAAACUUUGAAUGAAAUCACAAUGGAAACAGCUUGUUAAUGCCACCCCAAGCAUGUAUUCUAGCGCAGU